UCCCAGGUCAACUGUCAAGUUAACCUAGUGCACUCAGUAACUUCUAAGUCACUUUCAGUGACCAUGCACCUGGUUAUUCCACGUGUGGAGACAUACAGGUGAUUCUGAGUCUUUAAAUCCAUCCAAUCAAUUUUUUACUCUGGAAAGUAAUUUCUCCAAAGUUUUUAUAAUUAUAAGUCACUCAAUCAAUCACCUGGUGCUUGUUCAAAACUCCAAGAGGACGUUCGGUUUUCAAGGAGUUAAGUGAAGACAUGCCAAGGAAAGGUCCUCCUGGAAUACUCAGAACCUGAGACCUGAAGACCUGACCCCCAACCGGAGCUCUACAUCCCAGAGUCCUCAUGGCUGGGGAAUCUGUAACACUCAAGUCACCUGCAAAGAAACCCCUCUUCUCCCAAAGGAGUCUGCCAUGUCCUCCAACACAGCUGUCUCCAGGGACUCCUCCUCCGUGAAGCUGCACUCUGCCCUGAAACCGGAGGAGCCCAGGACCACCCUUGGCGAUGCCUUGAACUUCUCCCUGGAUAACUUGACCAGAGGUGGCAAGGUCAAGCAACAAGUGUUCUCACCCGCCAGGCUGCUCAGCUCCUCUUGCUCCUUGGAGAAGACAUUGCGGUGCAGCUGCGCCUUCCACGGAGUCCCCACUCCCACCGUGCAGUGGUGGAUGGGAGGUGCCCCUGUGGAUGUGAACCCCGUGGGCAACAUCCUCCAGGUGACUUUCACCACGCUUGCCCCGUGGGCCAACAGCACCAUCCGCCUGGUGGGGGAGCCAGAAGUAGUCACCAGACUUCACUGUGAGGGCAAGAACCAGUAUGGAACCCACACUUCCGGUGUCUUCCUGAUACCAGAUCAGAACUCCAUUUCCGGUGUGUUCCUGAAAGGGCUGAUCCAGGGCCUGGUGUACGGGGCCGUCGCGGCCGCCUUGCUGCUCCUCUUCCUCGUCCUCCUGGGAAUGAAGCUGUUUAAGUGGUGGGAAGAAAGGCAGAUUCUCAAGGCCAAAGCAGCCCAGACCCUCAAGAAACCAGAGCCGCAGGAGGAGCCAGCGGGGCCGGAGAAUCUGAAGCUGCAGCCCAGCGGGCAGGAGAUAGAGGGCCCUGGACAGCGAGGGAAGGGUGCAGGCACGUGACCACCACAUGGCUUGCAGUGUGCGUGGCUUGCAUGAAGCGUGCGUGGCUUGCAGCCUGGGUCCAUCAGACUCGUGGGGACCGCACCACUGCUGACUCUGGAUGUGGAGAGCCACCUGCCUCUCACCGCUUGCUCGCCAAGCUGCCCUCCCUGGAUGCCCACAGACCCCGCCCUGGGCUGGGGCACAAGACGGAGCCAGGCCGAGGUCCUGGACAUGGGGACUCUGGGUUGUCACUUCCUGCAUGGCAUUGGGGGAGGAGGGUUUGGCCCGGGCAGUGCCAGGCUGACAACAGGGAGCCAGAUGGGCCACCCCUUGUGUGUGGCAAGGCUGCCACAUGUAAGUGAAUCGAGCAGUAUUUAUCUUUCCAUAUAUGCUUAUUCCAUGUCACAUAGCGGCCUCCAGGUCCACCCAUGUUGCCACACACAGCAAGAUCCCUUCCUGUUUAAGGCUGUGUAGUAUUCCCCUAUGUGUGUGCAAAUGUCCCUCUGUCCUCCCCUCCCUCCCCACAUUCAUUCAGUCCUUUAGCUCCCAUUUCGCCGCAGCCCAGGUUCCACACUCCACACUCGGCACACUGAGGAUGCAGAGCUGAGACGGGCCAAUUCCUGUCUAAACUAGGACACGUUUAUCCAGGGGGGCGGGGUGGGGCCGCUGGCCCCCGCCCCCGUAGGAGGCACAGCCUGCAUGACCCUGCCGGGACCAAGCGCGUUCAUCCACUCCUCCACAGCCCGUAGCCUGGGGGAGGGGCUCUUAUGCCCAAGUUACGGAGCAGGAAGAUCAGGCCCAAGGUGACACCUAAGGUCACCCCCAAGACAUCGCCCGUCCCCACCCAUGAGGGAGCUGACAUCCACCAGCUGGAGUCCUUCCCAGGGUCUCAGCCCGAGGGGCAAAGCUGGAUCCAGGUGCCCCUGCCCUGUCCUGCAAGCCGCGGCCACUGGACAUUGAUGGCUCUCCCUAACAGAGACAGGAAGGUGGACGACAGGCAGGGCUUUGUCCAGCCGGGAGAAGCAGGUCCAGGCUGCGCCUCCCACUCCACCCUGAAGCCUGUCUCUAUCUCAGCCCCACUCACACAGGCUCGUCCCUAGUGUGCCCCACCUGCUGGGCCUGGGGACGGCUGCCGCCUCUGGCCUCUUCCCCAGUGGGGACCCUCCCUCGGGUCACUGCAGGGCGGCCUGGGAGUGGCAACCUUUGUGGUCGGCCUCAUGGUGCUGGAGCUGGGCCACCAGAUUUGGGCCUCAGCUCCUGCCAAGUGUCGGACAGUGAUGUCCCCCACCCCAGCUUCCUCUGCAAAGCAGGAGCAGAACAGACCCCGCCCGCCCCAAGGUGAAGAGGACUGUGGUCAUUCCGCAGCUCCCAUGCUGUGGGGGGCACUGGAACCGCAGCUAUGGUCUCCGAGCCCUCCGUCGGGGCCACCGUGCUCAGGGCACAUGACGUGGUCCUCCCACUCUGACCUGUCCAGGUCCACCACAGAAACAAGUUCAUGAUCAGAGUCUUUGCAGAGGGGCUGGUGCAGUUGUGAGGGUCUGGGGGCGGGUGCGAGGGUCUGUGUGUCCUCCCCCCAGUUCGUAUGUCGGACCCGGGGUGUUUGGGAGGUGGUGAGGUCAGGGGCUCAGAGCCUUCAGGAGUGGGAUGAAUGCCCUGCAAAGCCGCAGUCCUCCCCUUCUGCUGUCUGAGGACGCAGGCGGAAGACGCCCUCUGCCAAGCAGAAGCAGCUCUCACCAGACACAGACCUGCCGGCUCCUUGAGCUGGGCGUUCUAGUCUCCAGGAGGGGCGGCGCCCGCCUGUGACCCCAACAUCCAGGAGGCUGAGGCAGGAGGAACUCCCGUGGGAGUUCAAAUCCAGCCUACGUUACACAGCAAGACCUG